GAGCAGGCGGCAGGCGAGACGUUCUGAGAACGGAGAACGGAGAACGUCGCUGAGGAACCCCAGACCUAAACCCGCCCGACCCGUGUGACCCUCCUAAACCCGGCCGACCCGUCUGAACACUCCCACGACGCUGUCGCGCUUCAACAUGAAGCUGGACGUGAAGAUCGAGCUCCUGAAGUUGAGCUUCGCCCUGGUCAACACCAUCUUUCUGGUUCUGGGCCUGAGCGUCGGAGGCUGCGCCGUCUGGAUCCUGUUCGGCACUGGAAGCUUCCUGAACGUCCUCUCAUCUGACGAGCUGCAGGUGGUGAUGGCCGGGCUGCUGAUGGUCGGGGGGGUCGUGCUGGUGGUCGGCGUGGCCGGCUGCGUCGCCAUGACCAGAGAGACGAGGCUGCUGCUGCUGGCGUAUCUGGGCUUCCUGAUCGUGCUGCUGCUGGGCCAGCUCUACAUCACCCUGCUGCUGCUGAUGAACAGACACAAGAUUGAAGACAGUCUGAAUGAAACCGUGGACGGCGUCAUCUUUUACUACGGACAAGACGACGAGAUUGGGGACCAGAUCCUGGACAGCGUGCAGCAUCACGCGCAGUGCUGCGGCAGGACGGACCCCGCCGACUGGCUGAACAACAGUUUCAUCCAGAGUCUGAACCUGACGGGUUUAGACGUGCUGCCUUGCUCCUGUUUCAACAUCACGAACCGCAGCGUCAACUCGCCCUGGUGCUCAGAGAACAGCAGCUUCCCCGAGCCGCAGUUCGGACGAGGACAAGAAGCCUUCAACCAGGGCUGCAGUCAGAAGCUGGAGGCCUGGCUGCAGGAGAACCUCCUGACCAUCGUCGGCAUGGACGUGGGCCUCAUUCUGAUCCAGGUGGCCAACAUCUCCAUCGUGGUGAACUCGUACCAGAUGUUUGGAAGAAGAUCCGCCUUGAGAAGACGGAACCGGCUGGUUGAGCAGGCCCCCGACGAGGACCUGUACGAGGACCCCGACGAGGACCCGGGCUACGUCGGUCCUGAAGGACGUCACCCAUACCUCAGGGACAUGAACCACUGGGACCAGAACCGACCGUGACCGGGACGACCAGAACCCGGGACCAGAUGAACCCGGAGGGUACCAGGACCACCGGCCACAAAAAACUCUGCAGCCAGAAGUAAUCGUUCUGGAACCAGAGACUAAAACCGGGCUGAGCAGUCCUGGUCCUGCAGGGUCCUGGUCCUGCAGGGUCCUGGUCCUGCAGGGUCCUGGUCCUCCAGGGUCCUGCCCCCCCCCGGGAAAACCGGAGACACCCUAGCCACCGCCCCCCGCCCGAGCCCCCCCCCCCCAGCCACCUCCCCACCGCCAUGAGGUUACCCCCCCCAUAGGCCCCCAAGGCCCCCACCGGCUAGGGACAGGGCCCCACGGCGCCAACCACCCCCCCCCCCCCCCAGGGGCCACCAAAGGCCCGCGCCCCAGACCCCCCAAGCCGACCCCCAACUCCAAGGGCUACGAGAUCACCACCCCCCCCGCCCCCACUAGGUAAUGAAGCCAAUAAUCGGGGACCAGAGAGAGUGCAAUUCAGCCGAAUGUUGUUCAGUGGAGGCAGACAUUAUCUCACUACUGAUAUGAUCUGAUAAAAGAUUCCUAAAGUGGUUGAUACAUAAACUGGACUUUUGUUUCCAAUUCACUAGAAUAAGCCAGUGAGAACCCGGUGUGUCCAGUUAGAUUCCAUUUGAAUAUCUCCCAGGUGUCCUAAUAUACAUAUCGUGGGGCACACUGGGAUUCUGUAGUUGAUCCAUGUGGAUAAAUCCUCAAAAAUCUCCUUCCAGAACCUCUGUACCGGUGUACAGAACCAUAAAGCAUGCAUAUAAUUAUCAGGAGUGUUCUCUGUGCACUGUGAGCAGAUAUUAGAGGUUACAAAGCCCAUCUGGAACAUCCUUUGUCCAGUAUAGUGUAUUCUAUGAAGAACUUUGUACUGUAUAAGUUGUAAGUUUGGGUUCUUAGUCAUAGUAAACGUAUUUAAGCAUAUUUGUGACCAAGAAAACUGGUCGGUGUUAAGUGAGAGAUCCGCCUCCCACUUGGAGAUCGGGAGAGAGACUGAAUUGUCCAGUUAAACACUAACCUGUAGAGUUUUGAUAACAACUUUAAAGUGCUUAGAUUCAAUAAAUCUAUUAUCCUAGCGGGAAGUUGUAAGUCUAAUUGGCUAAUUUUAUAUGUUUUAUUUAUUAUGGCCUUAAGUUGUUGGUACUCUAAAAAUGUAUUACUGCUAACUCCAUAUUGAACAAUAACGGCCAAAUCCACGAAAGGAUUGCGCGGCUUUGGCGGCCGCUAAACCGGUGCAAAUGAGACAAAAAGAGAGCGUCUAAUUCACAAAGCACCCGCAAAGGGCGAAUUGCUCCACAAACUGCGCUCCCAAGCAAAUAGUGUCAUGGUGCGCCUGUGCCAUUUGCAUGCAUGUAAAUUAGGUAAUAUUCAUACAUUCGGCGCAAAAUUGCCGCCUUUCUAUGCAAAUAAGCCUCAUUGCAAAAACAGUCUAAUUCACAAAGGCCAGCGCUAUUUGCCACACGCAAAAAUAGUGGAGCAAAUACCAUCUUUUCGAAUUGUGUAUUAACUGCGCGCAAACUCACUCCUCACUCCCACUCUGUUUCUCUCUCUCUUCAAUAUCAUUCAAGCCUGUGUGAUACUGAAUGAUAUUAAGGGUGAAAUCUACAGUCAGACAUGACUGUAACAGUCAGAUCAAGUGGGGUUGUGGACUUAUCUCGGAUUUAAAAAUAAAAAUAACAGGACGGAGCUCAGGAUUCAUCCAUACAGUAGGGGCUGCUUUAUUACUAAAGCAGCCCAAAAAUUAAACAAUUCCACCAUAUAAACAUAUACUGUAAAUCUAGAAUGUGUAUGUUUAACACCUUGUCCUAACUGGACGCGAGCGUCCGACUAUCGCGUCGCACUGCGUGGCAUUGGACGCGCUCUGUCCACACUGAACUCGUUAUCGGCCCCGACGUUCUUUUGAUUGACAGCUGAAACUCUCUUUUUAAAAGGCUGAUUUAUGGGUCCGCGUUACACCAACGCAGACCCUACGGCGUAGGCUACGCCGUCGAUUUUACGCAGAACCAUAAAUCAGCCUUUAUUCACCACACUACCCGCCUGCGCGCUCCUGAAAGAAACUCCUAAAAUAACUCCUAAAAGAGUAAAAAGACAAGUAAAAGAUGGGUGAGUACUUGUAAUCUUCCUACGUUUGUACUUUCUAAACAGAAAACAAGCUUGAUAUUGUGAUAUUUAGCCUAAAUGUUCUUCUAUUUUCUUCCUGCCACUCGCAUUGAAAGCCAGUUAAAGCGCUGUAGGAAACAGUCAAGAUGAGGAACGGCUGAUCCAGUUAGUCGAAAUGAGAAGUUAUCUCUAUGAUUCCUCCUCAUUUCACUACAAAAACCUCAAUAAAGUGACAGAAAGAAAUACUAUCCUAUUAUUAUAUAGGUCCUGGAACAUCGGGAGGGAGAGAAAAGGUCCUGUAAGUGGGGAAAAAAAGCAGAGAAAAGGGCCCUUUUCUCUUUUUUCUGAUUAAAUGAAUCCGAAAUAGACAAACAGGCGAUCUAUGAGUAACUUCAAAGAGAAAUAAAACACCGAGAGAAUAUGGAUAAAAGGAGGUGCCGGAUCCGAUCAAAUACUGGAUCUUGUUUCCGGCAGGAUCCGGUACAAAUUAAGCCCUAAUAAGAUUCUUAUUAUUAUAUCUUUUUAUCUUAUCAGAACCUUCCAGCUCCCUGCCGAUCUCCCUCCAGCAGCUGCCACUUUAUUCAGGUUCUUGUAUUGAAAUGACUGUUUCCUACAGCGCUUCCAACCGGCUUUCAACGCGAGCGACAGGAAGAAAAUAGAAACAGGGCGUCCGACAAAUGUUCAGCUCAAAACGGCGCGCCGCGUCGCUCUGCGCCGCUCGCAACCAGUAUGGACAGUGCAAUAAAAAAUAAAGCAAUGGAAUUGUUUUUGACGCUGACGCUCGCUUGCGUCGCAUGCAGGGAGGACACGGUGUUACUCAGACAAGGAACAAUUGCACUCAGCUGCAAAACUUUAUGGGCGUGUUUGCGCCGGCAUAUCAUUAGAGCAAAAUCUUUUCUGAAUAGGACCUUAAAGCGGGGCAAAUUGCGGGCGCAAAUGCAGCGCAAUUCUCAGCGCUAUUUGCGGGCGCAAUCUAUUCUUUGUGGAUUUGGCCCUAAGUGUAUUGAAAAGUACAAACUGUCCACCUAUGAUUACAUGCUGUAGAUACCGUAUUCCUUGAUCUCUCCAUUGAACAAAGUUUACCAUCUUUUUAUUAUUUUUCAGGAUGUCUGGGUUGUUCCAUAUGGGUGUACGGUCACAUGGAAAAAGUGAAAUUUUAGCUGCUUUAAGAAAUUCCCACCAAGCUGACAGAGUUGUGCUAAUAUUAAUGCUUUUGAAACAUUGAUGUUUGAUGCUUUGACUAAUAAAUGGUUUUCAACCCGGAGCAGAGGACGACGCACGGACAGCUUUUUAUUAGAUUUAACUGAUGAUUCCUUCUUCUUGGUUUUAAAUUGGCUACACUGAAAAAAUAAAUCUAAGCGCAUGGAAAUAUAACAUAUUUAAAUCUGUGAUAUUAACAAUUAAAAAUUAAGUUUGUUGCUUUACGAGAAUACAUAUAGUUUUGAACUUAAUCUGCAUUUGUUAAAAAAGACAUUGUGCAUUUUUUCCUUAACCAGCAGUAUUUAUGUAAAUCCCAGCAAUCUUUUCAUUUACACACAAACAACAUAUUUACUUUUCCUUUAACAGUUUUAAUCUAUUGGGCAGAUUGACCAACGUUUAGAUGAAACAUGCUUUAUUUGUUUAAGUAGAAACCACAGUAAAAAAUAUCUGGCUUGAUCUACUUUAAAAAGAUUAAGGCAAUUUUUUCGUAUGUGAUUUUCAUGCAAAUCAAGAAAGACUAGUCUUUG